CACACAUUCAGACAAUGGAAGGCAGAAGCUCAGUUUUUCUCUGUGGGGUACAUAUGCCACCAGAAAAAACAACUUCUGUGCCAUUAGGCUUAGGUCUCUUCAUUAGGCAUUUUAUAGGUUAGUGAUCAGUACAUAGGGGAUCUACAAUUGUGAAGUUAUGGUUAGAGAGAUAUCAGCAAUUCUAAAAAUAAAGGGCAGUAAUAAUGUGGUUUUUGUUCUUACACACAUUGCACAGCUGGCCCUCCAUAACGCCUGAAGGGUUGGGGGUUCUGCAGAAAUGGAAUGUCACAUUUCAAGCACAUGAUGGUUAUGUAUACAGUUGUCCUAUUAAAACUGGAAUGACUUGUUCAACUAAUAUAAGUUACAGAGGCAAGGGCUAAACGUGUUGUAAGCAUAUUGCGUGAGAACACUUGAGAUUAACCCCUGCUUACAACAAAAAAAGUUUGGGCACAAAGCUAAUUCAUUUUUUGUAUCUAGGUAAACGCCAUUUAUUUAACAAAUCUUGUAUAGAAUUAUACAAGUAAUUCAUUACUAGUCAGAGAAAUAUUUUUUCCAGACAUCAACUCAGAUUUUUUUGAGCAACCCUGUUCCACCCCCUCACCUGGUCACUUGUAGUAACAUUCCUUCUCCCUGCAGUUUGCACCCGAAUUACAGAGUUACAACAGGCUCGGUCGGAGCACGACCAAGAUGCACGCAAGUUCUGAGUUGGUAUCUCCAUUUUGCCAAUUAAUUUGAAAUUGAUAUGGACACAUUUUUUGAAAACAAAAUGUAAUGAACAUUAUUCCAGUACCUUGAGCACAAAGGUGGUUGAUAUACUGUUUUUUUCUUGAUGCAAUUCAUCUUUUUACACUCUUAGGCCAGUGGCACAUUAAGCAUUAUCUCCAUCUGCAAGGCAACAUGUAAAAAGGCCGAUCUGUGUUAUCAAGGCACUGCAUUGGCGCGUUUUCAUACUAAAAUCUACAAUCACAGGCCGACACACCUCAGAGAAAACACCUAGUGUGCUACUGACCAUACGGCUAUGGGACAUAUGAGGCAUUUUGUCCUCAGCUGUUUUUUUAGCCGCCAGAGUAAUACCUAAAACUAUACCUGCUUCAUUUGAAUGGAAAAGGACUCCCUUUAACAGUACUGGUGCUUUUCAGCAUGAAGACUCUAACACUAGCACUGCCAGGUGUUCCCCAACACCAGUGGGUCAUCAGACAUAUAAUUAUAGUGUCUUCUAAAGGUCUUUUUCCUCAAUGCCCACACGAUCUAGAACUAGGUCACCUCCCUUACAUAACGCUUUUUCGGUGCAACAAGGAUUUGUUUGUCUAGCGCUACAAAUGAGCUACCUCGUCACUCUGGAGGUAUCGCAGCUAAAGAAAUUGUCGCCCUUUUUGCGCUACAGAAGCGUUGCCCAGCUUCUGAUUGGCAGCCAGGAAUACGCAGGCAUAGAAGGGUGGACUCCGGUUUAUCUGCCAGCGCUUUUCCAGAUUACAUCAUAUGGAACAAGGGAAUGGGAAAAGAAUGGUGAGCUCUCUCAGCCUUUCCUGCACAAGGGGGACUCGAUGUCAAGAACUAAAAGCGAACACUUUGGGGGAAAUUGAAUCUCCUCAGCUUCCUUUUUCGACGCAGAGUACAAGCCCGGCCUGAACAGAGAGAGAAUAUUUGCAGCUGGGACCGCGCACAAGAGGCAGUCGGGGCGAGGCACAAUGCUGAAUUUCAGUCCACUUACAUUUAGCUGGUGCUUAUGGAAUAAGAAACUCAUUCCCCAUCUUGUAGUGACUGCUCUUUCAGUAGCUCGCAGCAGAGAGAGCUGUGUGCUGUUAGCGAAAUGUACGUGUGCUGUUUGACAGGGCUAAUGGCCCCUACAGCUGUUAGAAGGGGGGAGGGUGAGGUGUGUGUAGGCUGAAUCUCUAAGCAGCUUCCUGCUCACCACUUCUAUUCUCACGUCUUUUUAAAGCCCCAGGACUCUUCUUCCCUCUCAGGCUUCCUCACUUCUCUUUUUCUGCUGGAUUCUUCAAAUAACUGUUCUGAAAGCAUUUUAGUUGAUGGACCCAAAACAGACCAAAUGGAAGCAGGGCCAGUUAACCAUGUUCAAGAAGGAAGGUUAAAGCAGGAAUGUGACUCUACCCUCCCAAGUAAGGGAUGUGAGGAUCUAGCAAACCAAUUAUUAAUGGAAGCAAAUUCGUGGCUAAGCAAUACAGCUGCUCCUCAGGAUCCCUGCAACAAGCUCAACUGGGAUAAACCCACCAUUCCCAACCAUGCUGCUAAUAACAAUUCAAACCUAGAAGAUGCCAAAAAUCUAGUUGCAUUCUCUGCUGUGGCUGAGGCUAUGUCUACCUAUGGCAUGCCUGCAUCAGGGACCCCCUCUUCGGUAUCACUGCAGCUAUAUGAAAAGUUUAAUUAUGAGACAAACAGGGACAACUCUGGGCACUUGGAAGGCAAUGCUCCAUCAUGUCCCGAAGACCUAAACACUCUAAAAGCAGCCCUUGCACUUGCAAAGCAUGGCGUGAAACCACCUAACUGUAACUGUGACGGCCCUGAGUGCCCGGACUAUCUAGAAUGGCUGGAAAAUAAAAUAAAAUCUACAGUUAAAGGUUCUCAGGAGAGCCCAUUCCCUAAUCUGGGUCAGGUCAGUAAAGAGCUGGUGCAAAAACAAUACCCUAAAGAACAGGUGCUAAAUCUAGAAAAUAAAAAUUCAACAUGUCCUUCAGGUAACCUUCCCUUUUCUCAAAAUGCACUGAGUCUUGCUAAAGAAAAAAAUAUAAGUCUGCAAACGGCCAUUGCCAUUGAAGCUCUUACACAACUAUCAUCUGCACUUCCACAGACAAACAAUGAAUGCCCCAAUGCUCCUUCCCAACCUUUAAUAAACCCUCAUGAUCAGUUAACUCAUUUCCCCUCUGCUAAAGGCAACCAGUUACCAAUGUUACCAGUGGCCCGCAAUGAACUGUUCCAGAAUCAGCAGUCCCAAUUAUACACUGGCAAAAAUGCUCUUCCUGUGCCCCAAUCUCCAAGGCAAACUUCUUGGGAGCAGAACAAGAAAUCUAGUUACCAAGAAGGACAAUACAUUCCUGAAAAUUUAUCACAUAGUUCUUCUGUGUUGCCCAGUGAUGCUUCUACCCCACAAAAACCUGAAUUCCUUCAGCAGUGGGUCCAAAAUGCAGAUCUUUUGAAGUCUCCAUCUGAUCCUAUGACUGGGUUAAAGCAAUUGCUUGGGAACACAGAUGAGUACAUCAAGUCUGUGUUUAAAGGGCCAGAGGCUUUGCCCAACAAAAAAAAUGUGAAGCCCAAACAUACCAUUAAAUCCAUAAAAAAAGAAUCCACCGAGUUUCUCAAAAUGUCACCAGAUCAACAGCUCUCUCAGCUUCUUCAAACAAAUGAAUUUCAUCGUAAUACCCAGGCUGCACUUCAGCAGCAUCUCCACCAUAAACGCAAUCUAUUUGUGGACCCAAAUGCUAUGGAAGCAUGUACCCAAGAACAGCAAAACUGGUGGGUGCCGAGUUCUCAACAAGCUCCAGUUUCCAAGACAACAGAGAAACCUGUAAAAGAGAGGAAGAAAAGGCGACAGUCUCCUUCACAAAAGCAAGUGGAACCAAAACCGAAACCUCAACGUAAGCAAGUGCAAAUAAAGAAACCCAAGGUGAAGGAAGGAAGUGCAGUCUUCAUGCCUGUGAGCCAAAUAAGCCUGGAUACUUUUCGCAGAGUUGAAAAAGAAGAGAACCAGGGGAAAGAAAUGGAUGCAGAGAACUCUCUUCCUAAUAACGUACAAACAGAACUACUUGAAUCCCAGUCUUUACAACUGACUGGAUCACAGGCAAAUCCUGAUGACAGAAAGACUGUAAACACUCAGGAAAUGUGCAAUGAAAAUCAGUCUAACAUUGGGAAGGCCAAUAACUUUGCACUUUGUGUCAAUCGGGCUAAUUCUUUUGUUGCAAAAGACCAAUGUCCAACACCUUCCACACAUGAUACCAGCUCUAGCUCUGGACAAGGUGAUUCUGCCAACCAGCACCACACAAAUGUGAGUGAUGUUCCUGGGCAAAAUGACCUUAGCUGCCUUGAUGACAAGUUGGAAGAUCUAAUAAGGCAGUUUGAAGCUGAGUUUGGGGAAGAUUUCUCUCUACCUGGUUCUGCGGUCCCCUCUCAGAAUGGUGAAGGACCGCCAAAACAAACACCAUCAGGAGAUCCACAAUUUAAACUGCCCUUUCCUUCCCAGUUGUUACCACCUGAGAAUUCCACAAAGCCUGCCACCCAUUCCAACCCUGCACUUUCAAAUAAUCCUGUAUCACGUGAAGUUUCUAAUAACCUUGAUAGUCUGUUCUCAUCAAAGUCUCCCAAGCAGAUAAAAAUCGAAUCUUCUGGUGCUAUAACAGUGGUGUCUACCACAUGCUUCUACUCAGAGGAAAACCAACAUCUUGAUGGAACUCCUACAAAAAGUGACCUGCCUUUCAAUCCUACUCUUAGUGGGUUUUUGGACUCGCCUCUCAAAUAUCUGACAUCUCCAACCAAGAGCUUAAUAGAUACACCAGCUAAAAAGGCUCAAGCAGAAUUUCCAACAUGCGACUGUGUUGAACAAAUUAAUGAAAAAGAUGAAGGCCCAUAUUAUACACAUCUGGGUUCUGGACCAACAGUGGCUUCUAUCAGAGAGCUAAUGGAAGAGCGGUUUGGACAAAAAGGGGAUGCAAUCCGCAUUGAAAAGGUGAUCUACACAGGAAAAGAAGGAAAAAGCUCAAGGGGUUGUCCUAUUGCAAAAUGGGUCAUUCGCCGUCAGAGCGAGGAUGAGAAGUUGAUGUGCCUUGUCCGGCAACGGGCAGGCCACCAUUGUGAAAAUGCAGUCAUCAUUAUCUUAAUUAUGGCCUGGGAAGGAAUUCCUCGCUCUCUAGGAGAUUCUCUCUACAACGACAUCACUGAGACAAUCACCAAGUAUGGAAAUCCAACAUCACGGAGAUGUGGACUGAAUGAUGAUCGAACCUGUGCAUGCCAAGGCAAGGACCCAAAUACCUGUGGUGCUUCUUUCUCUUUUGGGUGCUCAUGGAGCAUGUACUUUAAUGGUUGCAAGUAUGCUCGUAGCAAGACCCCCCGGAAGUUCCGACUUAUAGGAGAAAAUCCCAAGGAGGAAGAUGGCCUGAAGGAUAACUUUCAGAAUCUAGCUACAAAGGUUGCUCCAGUGUACAAGAUGCUUGCUCCUCAGGCUUAUCAAAAUCAGGUUAACAAUGAGGAUAUUGCAAUAGAUUGUCGGCUAGGUCUCAAGGAGGGGCGUCCUUUCUCUGGGGUGACUGCAUGCAUGGAUUUCUGUGCCCAUGCCCACAAAGACCAGCACAAUCUAUACAAUGGAUGCACUGUGGUCUGCACUCUAACUAAGGAGGAUAACCGUAUGAUUGGCAGGGUUGCUGAGGAUGAGCAGCUCCAUGUACUUCCACUGUACAAGGUUUCCACAACUGAUGAAUUUGGGAGUGAGGAGGGUCAACUUGAAAAGAUAAAGAAAGGAGGAAUCCACGUGUUGAGCUCUUUUCCCCGGGAGGUACGCAAGCUUUCAGAACCAGCAAAGUCUUGCAGGCAGAGACAACUAGAAGCCAAGAAGGCCGCAGCCGAAAAGAAGAAACUUCAAAAGGAGAAACUGGUCUCUCCGGAUAAGACCAAGCAGGAGCCAUCAGACAAAAAGACGUGCCAGCAAAACCCAGGUGUUCCUCAGCAACAGACAAAGCCUUGUAUAAAAGUGGAGCCUUCCAAUCACUACAAUAACUUUAAGUACAAUGGAAAUGGAGUUGUGGAGAGCUACUCAGUGUUGGGCAGCUGCAGGCCGUCCGACCCUUACAGCAUGAACAGCGUUUACUCCUAUCAUUCUUUCUAUGCACAACCUAACCUGCCUUCCGUGAAUGGCUUUCAUUCAAAAUAUGCUCUUCCUCCCUUUGGAUUUUAUGGCUUUCCUAACAAUCCUGUGGUUCCCAACCAGUUCAUGAAUUAUGGUACAAGUGAUGCAAGGAACAGUGGAUGGAUGAAUAAUUGUUUUGAGAAAAAGCCAGAGCUUCAGUCACUGGCAGAUGGAAUGAAUCAAAGUUACGGGAGUGAGUUAUCAGAGCAGAGUUUUAGGAGAUCAAGUGAGGUACCACACCACUACAGCCUCCAAAAUCCCAGCAGUCAAAAAUCAGUUAAUGUUCCCCACCGAACUACUCCUGCACCAGUGGAGACUACUCCAUAUUCUAAUCUUCCCUGUUAUAACAAAGUCAUUAAAAAGGAGCCAGGUAGUGAUCCACUUGUAGAUUCUUUCCAGAGAGCAAAUAGUGUCCAUUCACAUAGCCCAGGAGUUAAUCACUCAUUACAGGCCAGUGAUCUGCCCAUCUCAUACAAAGCUAAUGGUGCUCUAUCAUCAUCAGGGAGGACUAAUGCAGAAAGUCCGUGCAGUAUGUUUAUGCCCAAUGAUAAAAAUGGUCUAGAAAAGAAAGAUUAUUUUGGAGUCCAUUCGAAUGCCCCUGGUCUGAAGGACAAGCAGUGGCCUCCCUAUGGAACUGAUGUUUCAGUGAGACAACAUGAUUCACUUGACUCGCAGUCUCCAGGAAAAGUGUGGAGCUCAUGCAAGCUGAGUGACAGUUCCGCUGCCCUGCCCUCCUCUGCAAGUACACAGGAUAAGAACUGGAAUGGUAGACAGGUCAGUCUUAAUCAGGGGAUGAAGGAGUCUGCGCUGUUCCAAGAAAAACUCUGGAAUUCAGUUGCUGCCAGUGACAGGUGCAGUGCCACGCCCAGUGACAGAAGUAGCAUCACCCCCUGUUCUGAGCUUCAGGACAAGAACUGGGGAUCAUUUCCUAAUCCAACAGUAAACUCUUUGAAGACUGACUCCAGCCAGAACCACUGGGAUCCCUAUAGCCUAGAUGAUAAUAUGGAUGAUGGCCAAUCAAAGAGUGUAAAAGAGGAGGAUGAUGAGGAGAUCUGGUCUGAUAGUGAGCACAACUUUCUGGAUGAGAAUAUCGGAGGUGUGGCUGUAGCCCCAGGACAUGGCUCUAUCCUAAUUGAAUGUGCAAGGAGAGAGCUCCAUGCUACCACUCCACUGAAAAAGCCCAACAGAUGUCAUCCAACUCGAAUCUCUCUUGUAUUCUACCAACACAAGAACUUAAACCAACCUAACCAUGGAUUGGCACUUUGGGAGGCCAAAAUGAAGCAGUUGGCAGAAAGGGCACGUGCAAGGGAGGAAGAGGCUGCCAAGCUAGGUAUCAAACAGGAAGUAAAAAGUUUGGGUAAAAAGAGGAAGUGGGGUGGUGCUGCCACUACAGAAACCCCACCAGUUGAGAAGAAAGACUAUACCCCUACCCGACAGGCAGCUACAAUUUUAACAGAUUCUGCUACCACUUCAUUCUCCUAUGCCUAUACCAAGGUUACGGGACCAUACAGUCGCUUUAUAUGAGAUUAAAACAGCUACUCUUGUGGCAUUUGUACCUCAGCUAAUCCACAGCACUGUAAUAUAUGGUGCUACUUUAUGGUGCUUUUCACUUGUGUGCUGCCGGGAAGUCCCGACCAUGUGCACACCUCCCAGGACUUUACCCUCUCAGCAAGAGAACUUUUACUGUAUAUUUUUUUUUUUUCAUUAAUCUUAAAAAGAUUUAUAUUUCUGCGUUUUUUUUAAAACACAAUGUUGUACACCAGAUGACAGGAAGAAAACCGAAAAAAAAAAAAAAAUCACAACAUCCUUUUAUGACACAAGCUCCCCACACUCAAAGAUUUUUAACUGCAUUUGAACAUUUAUUUAUUCAAUGUUUUAAAAUAAUGAUGGUGCAGAGAUUCUAGCUUGAGGAAUUCAUUUUAAGCUAAAUAAGAGUCCUGAUCGAUGCCAAAAAUGCAACUUAAAUGUAAUUCUGGUAACUUUGCUAAAAUAUCACUUGUAUAGUAUUUUUGGCAGCAGGCUAGAUACAGUAUCCCUUUGAAAUGAUAAUGGACUUUCCAGUUCUGGCUAUUUAUUAUUGCAGAACGUUGCAUUGACCACUUUUUAAAGGUAUUUUUAAAUGGUUGCCAAAUCUGCAACCCUACAGCCGUAAAAAUACAGAUGUUUUCUGUAAACGAUGUGGUAACGUACUGAUAACCCUGAUUUAAAGCAAUAAUUUAUGUAAUUUUAAGAUACUUCUAAUUUAUACUCUUGUUUUAUAAUAGGGAAAAAAUAUCAGAUUAACAUUUCUGAGAUCAAAGUAAAUGAAAUCCUAAAUUUAGAGUUUAUGCUGCCGCUAGCAUCUGUAUUUUUGCCCAUGUCUUGAUGCAGCAGAUUAAAAAAAGUUUUAAAAUGGAAUAAAAUGAAAAAAAGGGUUGCUGUAUCUUUCAUCAGAUGAGAACUGUGAAUAGCUACCAUUGCUGUCGGAAAUGUUAUUAUUGGUUCAUAUGGUGCUGGCAGAAAUUAGGGCAUUCUUUGUAUCAUAUAUAUCAAUGGAACUGCCACACAGACCAAAUACUCUGGAUUUUCCUUUGAGGUUUUUUCCAGUGAAAAAAAUAACCUUUCCUUCAUAUGCCCCAACUUUCUUUUAAAUCAUUUUGAUAGUAGUGAUUGUGAUCUUUGAGUCCAUUUAGCCAUCCUGCUCCCUACUUUUUGGGAUGGGGGUAUAGGGCAUUGGAAUUGGGGGGGAAUACAUUUUAAAUGAUAACCAUUAUGGAAAAAGAGUGGUGCUGUAUGCGGGGUCACAACAUGGGGUACUUAGAUGUUAUGAGGAUAAAGAAAGGAAAAUAAAUAAAAAAGAAGGUAUUUUUUAAGACCACAGGCAAAAUAUUUAGAUUUUUUAAUGAAGGUCAUUCUAUCAGCAUUCACAAAAUGAGUGUCAGGUUGUGCCUCGGCAGGGGGUAGAGUAAAGGGGGAAUUUAAAUAUGUGUGGGGGCUUUAAAAGUAAGUUUUUUUCCCAGCAUCAGUGCUAUUAACCACUCUAGCUGCAGAGGGGUUAAUAUCACCGAAUGUAAAUCUCUAGGUAAAAUAAGGAGGUGGCUUUGUGUCUUGGAAUUUUACAUAAUAUUCCUUAUAGAUUUUAAACGAGAUGCAUGGAACAACAGAUUCCAUACGGUCUAAAUAUUUGAAACCGUCAGUUUGUAAAUAGCUUAUUUUUCUGUUUUAUAAUUUUAUUUUAAAGCACUUUUUAUCCUGCUGCAAACAAUUGGAAUAGAUAAUGGGAGAAAUGUAUAUAGCGGUAGAAUAUUUAACACAGUGUGUCCGUCCUACCAGUUACUGCAUUUAUAAUAAUUUUUGGCUUUUUUUUUAGUUUUUGUAAAAUAAGGAAAGGUUGCUCUCAUAUUGGCUAGAGCGAGAGUUAGCAUAAUUGAUGAAUGAAGCUUCAUCACGCCAUAAACUGACUAUACCACAUUGUUGAAUGAUACCGAGUAUCAGUGGACUUUUACUGUUUGAUAAGAUGAGUUAAAGAUCAAGUUACCAUAGCCGGGUCAUUACCUCUGCUGUCCUAAGUAUUACUCAGAUUUGGGCUAUUAUAAUUAUUAUAGCGGGAGUUUUGUGAUUAUUUCUACAGAUCCAUGAUUCUUCUUGAUUUAGUUGAACUUCAGUAUCCCGACUGGCAAUGUCAUAUUCUGCUGUUUUGAACAUAAACUGUUGAUUAUCCUACAGACUGAUUCCAUACCCUUGUGUAGCACAGUGCAGUUCUUCCAGACUCUCGCCCAUGUAGCAUGUUUCCAACUAGGCAUCUUAUUCAGUGCAGGGAUUUCAUAAUAUUUAUUAAGGGUGGUUGUAUCUUUUUUUAUUUUUAGAAAGAGUCCUGCAUUUUGGGAUAAUCCACUCAUUUCUUAGAAAGCAUUCCUAUUUUAGUGUAGUGUGCUGUUGUAGCGUUUAAAAGGAGUAGCUACAGGUUCAAACCAUAACUGGAUCCAAAAUGUAAUAUUGUAUCUAGCAGUGCAUUUUUAUCGGGUGUCCACACUGAAAUUUGAUGUAGUUUGUAGUUCUGAUUGUACCUUUCUGCUAUAGUGAUGAUUCACAAGGGGCAGUUAGACCUCAGUAAGUUUGAGAAGUUGCUUCAUACACCUAGCUGAUGUGUCUUCUAAAUCCAGAAAUCCUGUAAUUGUUGCACAAUUGUGUGCUAUAAGCCAUGCACCUCCCAUUAAUAACUGAAAAUUAAAAUUGGCGGAUUGACCCCUCUGUGUGAACCUUCAACUCCAUGUUGCAUUAUCUUAAUGGUGCUCCUCAAUAUAAUGGCCUCUUAAUGUCAAGCCUUGAUACCAUCAGCGUACUGAACAAAUAUCCUGGCCUGCUAACCAAAGGGUGCUGGAACAUGAACUGCAAAUAAUAGUGUCUUGUAAAUAUUAUUGUUGUUAUUUAGUAAGUAACAAAAUGAUAGUGAUAGCUUAUUUUUGAUAAUAAUUACUCCGCUAAUCUCCCCUUUCACCCUUCUUGAAGAUUCAUUUUGUGAAAAUAAUAGUGGUGUUUUAACUGCUAAAUUAUUUAUCUAGUGUCAGUUGUUCAACCCAAAUAAAUAAAAGCUAAUUUGUAAAAAAUAAAAAUAAAUAAGGGAGAAAUGUAUUUUUAGACCUGUAAGGUUGCUACCCAGUAUUGUAGUUAUUGCACAGUUACCAAUGUGUGUCUGUUUUACCGAGAUUCACUUAGGGUUAUUUAUAAAGUGGUGCUAUGGGACAAAAUGUGCUGUUCCAAAAAAAAAAAAAAAACCUCAAUGGAAUGAAUGACUCUGUUUUUGUGUGUGAUAUUGCAUCUUUAGAAUGCAGUGUCACAGGAAAUAAUAUAUUGACUACAGUGUUUAUUCAUGUCACCCUAUAACCAACUUAGAUGAAAAAUAAUUUGAUGCAUAGGAGUCAAGAGAGUAACCCAGGAUGUUAACAUCAGCAAAUAUGGAGUCUUUGGAACCAAUGCCUAACUCUUUCUCCUUAUGACAUGCCUUAAGGGAAUGUCCUAAAUAUACAUGAAUAAGGGUUAUAGCCUUAACUAACCAUGUGCAGAAUAUAAGAGAACCUAGAUACUAAACAGGGUACACCAACUGGUCUAGAAUGACAACACCCAGGAAUUUGGAUGUCCCUGAAAAAAUGUCUAUUCCCUCGUGUUUUUGUGACCGAUAAAUCAAACUACUGGUGCUUAAGUCCACAGACCUUAGACAGGUUUGAUAAUCUGGAUUUAAUUUUUUGAUCAUAUCCUAGAAUUAUACAAAAUGGUAACUGUGAUUUAACGUAUAGUGGGUAAAAAAGAGACAGAGAGAUAGACCAGGUCUGUAUGUAUCAGAUGUAUUUUUUGGAAGGAGACAUUUUAAAUAUUGUGGCAGUGUCUGAAAUCUUGUUUUACACUACAUCUAGCCUACCUCAAAAUCCUUUGCUUAACCCUUCAGCGGCCAGGAAAGGCCCAGAAAGAGAGCAUCUGGCAGUGAAAAGGGUUAGAAUGCGCAUGCCUUGCACCAUGAUCUAUGCAUAGCUUGGCAGCUGGAUCAACGUCAAAAAUGGUGUAUUUUGUAAUAAAUGUACUAUCUUUUUUUAUUAUAAAACAAAACUGUAGUGACGUUCAGCCCCAUUUCAUCAUGCCUUAUAGUAAGUAAGCCUAGUUAUGUGUCAUUGUCUUGAGUCUUUCCCCCCCAAAAAAUGGUAGGAGCCUGAAAAUGUCACAUUUUGCUUAGUUUACCAUGAUUUAUUCUCCCAUUGAUAUCUCUACUACAGCAUAUAUUUAUGGACAGAAAUGGCGCUGACAAAAUGAAUCUAGUUGUUAUCUGCUGUUAAAAACAAGAAAUUAUAAAGGAUCUUAUGGCUUGGAUUCCCUCUAAAGGGCUGUAAAUUCUAAAAUAAUGGUCUGUGGUGUGAGCAGUCUUUUUUUGCAUAUGUUUUCCAUUGAAAUGUAUAGUUUAUUCUGCUAUGUCCUUGUGCAUCGUUGAAGCCAGUACCUUUUCUGCUGUAGAUCAUGUACUAAAAUUUAGCUUCUGCUUAUGAAUUUGUAAUUGUAUUAAGGGUAAAAUUAUUAUUCUGCUGCAAUUUAUUUCCUUUACCAAAAUGAAAAUAAACAUGUACUUGGGCCACC